CAGUCUUUCUCUUCCUCCCCCUCCCUCUCCCUCACCCCACGGACAGGAGCGCACCGCCUGCCCCCAGCUCCUCGGGAAGGGAGGAAUUUAGAAAAAAAGUUUCCCAGAAGUUUGGAUCAGAGGAAGGACGGGAAGACCAAGAGAGGAAGAGGGAGAGGGAGGAGAGAAAGGGAGAGGGAGGAGAGAGAAUAAAAAAAAGAUGAAGUCCAGUCUGCACAGCCUGUGAGCGCCUGCCCCGGUGGGUGGGAAGCAGGACUCGGGCGCUCAUGCAGCGAGCGGGCGGCGCUCCGGGCGCUCGUUCCUAGCGGCUGGGGCAGCUAGGGGCGCCGGUCGGAGCCGGCUGCGGAGGGCGGGGGAGGACGCAGGGGGAGGGUGCAGAGGACCCGCAGCGCCGCCGCCUCUCCCGGGCCCGGCCCGGAGGGCGCUCCGAGCGUGAGGGCGCGGGCUGCUCCCUCAGUAGCGGGGGCGAGCGGAGGCCGGGGUGCGGGCGGCUAAGAUGAGUGAAAGGAGAAGAUCUGCAGUCGCCCUGAGCUCGCGAGCACAUGCCUUCUCCGUUGAAGCCUUGAUCGGCUCAAAUAAAAAGCGGAAACUGCGAGACUGGGAGGAGAAGGGGUUGGACCUGUCCAUGGAGGCGCUGAGCCCCGCGGGCCCACUCGGAGACACGGAGGACGCGGCCGCACAGGGCCUGGAGCCUCACCCGGAUUCUGAGCAAAGCACGGGUUCAGACUCUGAGGUGCUCACUGAGCGGACUUCCUGCUCCUUUGACACUCACGCUGACCUGGGCCCUGGUGCUGCAGGCCCUGUGCCUGCUGCCAUGUCUUCCAUGGAAGAGAUUCAGGUAGAGCUGCAAUGUGCUGACCUCUGGAAGAGGUUCCAUGACAUUGGAACUGAGAUGAUCAUCACCAAAGCAGGCAGGAGGAUGUUUCCUGCCAUGAGAGUGAAAAUCACUGGCCUGGACCCACACCAGCAGUAUUACAUAGCAAUGGACAUUGUGCCUGUGGACAAUAAAAGAUACAGAUAUGUGUACCACAGCUCCAAGUGGAUGGUGGCUGGCAACGCGGACUCCCCUGUGCCCCCAAGAGUUUAUAUACACCCUGAUUCUCUAGCUUCUGGAGAUACUUGGAUGAGACAGGUGGUCAGUUUCGACAAACUCAAGCUGACCAACAAUGAGUUGGAUGAUCAAGGACAUAUCAUUCUGCACUCUAUGCACAAAUACCAGCCUCGAGUUCACGUGAUCCGCAAGGAUUUCAGCAGUGACCUUUCGCCCACCAAACCUGUCCCUGUUGGGGAUGGAGUGAAAACAUUCAACUUCCCUGAGACUGUGUUUACCACAGUCACAGCCUACCAGAACCAGCAGAUCACCAGAUUAAAAAUUGAUCGAAACCCUUUUGCUAAAGGAUUCAGAGAUUCUGGAAGAAACAGAACCGGACUGGAAGCCAUCAUGGAGACUUAUGCGUUCUGGAGACCCCCUGUGCGCACACUCACCUUUGAGGAUUUCACCACCAUGCAAAAGCAGCAAGAGGAGAAAAAACUCAGUCCGAACAAUGGGAAUGAAUUGCUUAGAUCUGACAGUGAGGAGGGACCGCUGCAAGCCCAUCUGAAUUUUGCAACUUGGGCUCCCUCCUUUUUGGCUGAACACCUGGACAGACACAACACCUAUCUCAAGUUGAUGCGCCGGGUGAACAUUUUCCUUGCACUGCUUUGUGCUUUACUUCCAGUUUCUCCCUUCUCUGGCAGCUCAGGGUGGGAAGCCUGUGGCCUUAGCACAGAUGGCUUGUGGGCCAACCUCAACUCUUUUCCUCUGUCAGUGGCUCUUCCCAGGGCAGGACCCCUUUGCCUCGGGAAGCUUCCCAGAGUGUCAGACACUUUAUGAGUCUCUCUCUCCAACCUCCUCCCGCCCCAAAGUGACACUGGUCAAAAUUACAGACAGAGCUUACUCUGUUCUGUCACACAGCUGCCAUUAAUGGAACCCUAAGUUUUGAAAUUGUGGCUCUGCCAUAUGGGAAACCCUUCUAGGACUUGAUAAUACAUUAUAUUACAUUCCCCUCCCAGAGGAGCUUCCAGCAGUUUGCACACUAAAUUAGGUUUUGUAAUCUAAAUUAUUGAAGUCUCUCAGGUUUUAAGAUGAAGAAGGCGAUUAAAAGGAUAGGGGCUGGGGGCAGACCACUUGGGUUAGGCUCUUAUCACUGCUCCUUCCUAGCUUUGUGACCUUGGCCAAGUCUCCCAUCCUUUCUGACACUUAGUCUUCUCAUCUGCAGAAUGGAAGAAUAUAGUAGAAUUCUUGUGAGGAUUAAAUGAGACAAUGCAUUUAAAAACAGAGUAGGCAUGCACUACAUGCUAGCAAUCGUGGUGGCGGUGAUGAUCAUUGUCAUCACCAUCAUGACCACCACCAUCUCCAUUCCCUCAUGUCCCUGUACAUGGAUACCUGAGAGGAAGAUGCCUCAGGGACAAGAGAUACUGCCUUUCUGAUGAUUAACUAUUUAAAGCAUGAUUAGACCAUUCAUCUUCACAGGGAUCUGGUGAGACAAGUGAUGCAGAAUUUCCUUCUGUUUUUUCUCAAUAAAUGGCCGAGAAAUGGAAGCCCUCUGUAUGAAGCCAACUUUCUCCUCAUAAUUCUGUGAGAGAAGCAGGCUCAGUACAUAUUCAGGGUGCUGCUUUUGCUCUGAGGCCCUCAUGGCCCUUAAGAGGCAGAGGUGUUAUGACAGUUGGGAGAUCUGGGCCUUCAUCUUUGAUGGCCACUAACUCUCUCUAUAACCUUGGCUUCUAGUGAGUCUGUUUCCUCACCUACCAAAGAAGGGUAACUUUUCGUGCAGUCAUGUAUAUAAACAUGCUUCAUAAAUGAAAAUGGGUCAUUUUCAUGCAAAGACACUUGAUCCUGUUUAUUUCUGAGGUGGCUUCUUGCUUCUCUGCCCUUGCUUUACUCACUGACUGUCCAAGCUCGAGCUAAGCAGGCGUUUUGUAUCAUGGAGGCUGGUGUGAGAAGGUUUUGGCAGAGAUAUUGCCAGUUCCUGAGAGCAGGCAUUGGUGGAGACAUUGUGUUCACUGCUGUGCUCUCGAGAACUGUCCCUGGGCCUGGCAGCCAGGAAGUACCUAAUGAAAGGAGGUAGGCAGGGUCACUGACACACGGGCCUGGAGCACAACCACCUGGUAUGUGUGUGGAUAUGGAUGUGGAGUGAUGAUUGGGGUUGACAGUCUGCAUUUCACCAGCAUGUGGGGUGGUUGAGCCAGUGUUGACUCUUAGAAAACAGUGGUUUAAGAGAAACUGAGCUUUCUUUUUUAAAUUUUUUAUUUCUUUUCUUGUAUUUUUAAAAUUAUUUCUUUUUUUAUUUUUGUUUUUAAUUUUUUAAAAGAUUUUAUUUGUUUAUUUAGAGAGAGAGAAAGAGAGCACGAGCAGGGGAGGGGCAGAGAGAGGGGGAGAGGGAGAAGCAGACUCCCUGUUGAGAGAGGAGCUCAACGAGGGGCUUUCUGGGAUCAUGACCUGAGCUGAAGGCAGAUGCUUAACUGACUGACUGAGCCACCAAGCACCCCUAUUUUUAAUUUUUUUUAAUUUAAAUUUUAGUUAGUGAGCAUACCGCGCAAUAUUGGUUUCUGGGGGUAGAAUUCAAUGAUUCACCAUUUAUAUACAACACCCUGUGCUCAUCAUAACAAAUGCCCUCCUUAAUACCCAUCACCUACCUAGCCCUUCACCCCACCCAUCUCCCUCCAUCGACCCUCAGUUUAUUCUCUAUUGGUAAGAGUCUCUAAUGGUUUGUUUCCCUCUCUCCUUUUUUUUUUUUUUUGCUUUUUCUGCUUUCCAUAUGUUCAUCUGUUUUCUUUCUUAAAUUCCACAUAUGAGUGAGAUCAUAUGGUAUUUGUCUUUUUUUCUGACUGACUUAUUUCACUUAGUAUAAUACUUUCUAGCUCCAUCCACAUCAUUGCAAAUGGCAAGAUUUCAUUCUUUUUGAUGGCUGAGUAAUAUUCCUGUGUGUGUGUGUGUGUGUGUGUGUGUGUGUGUGUGUGUGUAUACAGUAUCUUCUUUAUCCAGUCAUCAGUCGAUGGACAUUUGGACUCUCCAUAGUUUGGUUAUUGUUGAUAAUGCUGCUAUAAACUUUGGGGUGCAUGUACAUCUUCAAAUCUAUAUUUUUGCAUCCUCUGGGUAAAUGCCUAGUAGUGCAUUUGCUGGGUCUUAGGAUAGUUCUAUUUGUAACAUUUUGGGGAACCUCCAAACUGUUCCCCAGAGUAGCUGCACCAGUUUGCAUUCCCACCAACAGUGCAGGAGGGUUCUGCUUUCUCUGCAUCCUCACCAACACUUGUUGUUUCUUGUGUUGUUGAUUUUAACCAUUCUGACAGGUAUGAGGUGGUAUCUCAUCAUGGUUUUGAUUUGUUAUUUCCCUGAUGAUGAGUGAUGUUCAGCAUCUUUUCAUGUGUCUGUUGACCGUCUGGAUGUCUUCUUUGGAAAACUGUCUAUUCAUGACUUCUGCCCAUUUCUUAACUGCAUUAUUUGUUUUUUGGGGUGUUGAGUUUGGUAAGUUCUUUAUGGAUUUUGGAUACUAACCCUUUAUCAGAUAUGUCAUUUGCCAAGUAUCUUCUCCCAUUCAAUAGGCUGGCUUUUAGUUUUGUUGAUUGGAGAAACUGAA